AAGAUUACGAAGACAAAAGCAUUCCUACAGAGUUCAGUUUGAAAAUGAAGAGUGUUAUAUUUAUAGGACUAUUUCUAAUGCUGGCUCUAAAUGACGUUGCAGCGGGAGAUCUGAAAAGAAGAUCCGUGGACGAUUCCCAAGUGGUAAAGAGAGGAGUGGAGGACGAGGAAUUCAGAGGUAUGCGGGAGCAAGACGACGAGGAAAGCAGAGAGAAACGUGAAAUUGCUGACGAUGAGCUGUUUAGAGGCAAACGCGAAUUCCGAGGCAAGAGAGAGUUUCGGGGCAAGAGAGAGUUUAGAGGCAAGAGAGAGUUUAGAGGCAAGAGAGAGUUCCGAGGCAAGAGGGAAUUUAGAGGAAUGAAGAACAGCGAAGAUGAGGAAUAUUUCAGAGGAAAAAGGGACUUGAGUCAGUAGGAAAAAGGGACUUGAGUCAGUAGGAAAAAGGGUUGUAAUCUUUUCGAACUAAUUUAACGAAUCGUUUAAAUGAUACUGACAGUGACACUACAAUUGAGAUUACAUGAAUUCCUUGAUAAAUCGUCGCAAGAUGAUAGCGUGUGUUACACAGCUUUUUUAAAAAUCGUCCGUGGUUACAUUUAGUUUUAUUUAGAGUCGGGGACCCAGGAUAUAAUGUUCAUAAACAUAUGAUUGAAGCUGCGGUGGAAUGACAGGAGCUGAGCGCCGCCCAGUAAGUUGACACGAAUCUUGAUUUUUGAUCGGUUAGUUUGUGUCACGUGACAAGAAUACAGCUUUGUGACUGGUAAAGAUUUUAGGUGUACGAUACAAGUUUUCCACGACCAGGCUACUGUGCCAGGUUCAUUAUAUAACUGUUCACAUCUUUUUUACGAGUAACGAAGGUU